AUGGGGGGUCUCCUCGCGGCGCCUGUGCCUCUCGCUUCGCUGCGUGAGUCGCCGGGUCUCUCAUACGACUCAGACGACUCAUCCCGGAAGAAGAGAAAGAGCAAAGAGACUCCCAGCGAGCGACAAGGAAAACCACCUCCCAGUCUACUUCCAAAUCCUGGCCUCGACUCCAAGAAGCCGAUAUCUCCCCGUCUUUCUUCUUCCUCUUCUUCCUCGCCUUCCUCUUCUUCCUCUUCUUCCUCUUCUUCCUCUCCGUGUACUUCUUCGAUUGUCCCUGGGUUUUUGACUGCGUUGAAGAGGAGACAGCCGCCGCCGCAGCAGAAGGGCCAGAAGAGCACUGGUUGGCGCAUGGCUUCCGUGGGUGUGCGGGGAAGAGACGACCGGGGGGUGGGGACGCGGGCGAAGAGUACUUUGUCGACCUCCGACUUCGUCUGUGAAUCGGGGAAAGAUGGACUGUUGCCCGGAGGACAGAAAGACCUGAAAGAGGGAGGGUGUGGGGUGACGCAGUUGAGGGCGCAGGAAGGUCUCUCGGGGACAGAGAGAGACGGUCCUCUCGGCGAAAUGCGAGGGCGGAAGAGGGAAAGAGAAGACAAGCGGGCGGAAGGUCAGCUGGCAAGGAGCGGCGAAAGGCCUGAGACUGGAGAGGAACGCGAGAGGCUGCGCGAGCAGGCUCGACAAGAAAACCCUCGCAUUUGGCAGAGAGGGACAGACCUGCUGGGAGAGUCCCGCGUCAGUUCGCAGAGUUCACCCGAGUGGUACACCGCGCCCUGGCGUCGAGCUGCGCUGUCUUAA